UCCCAAACCGUCUGCCUCCACCAUCCUCUGAUCAGGCACCUCUUCACGACACAUUAAGGACAGAUUUGAUUAUUAUCGAAGCAGAAUACUUCCCACCACUAGUGUUGGAGACCUCCCAACUCCCUCCACGCUCGUUCCUGCACUCGAACCACCAUCCAAUCUUCCCAUCCCCAGACAACAAGCACCCACAUCGCAAAUAAUGGCCGACUCAGGAGCCACAUCGGCACCCAAGCCCAGCAGCAGCGUCAAGCUAGUGCUGCUGGGUGAGGCCGCCGUAGGAAAGUCGUCGCUAGUAAUGCGCUUCGUGAACAACGACUUCCAAGAGAACAAGGAGCCUACAAUAGGAGCCGCCUUCCUCACGCAGAAAUGCAACCUCCCCACCCGCACCAUCAAGUUCGAGAUCUGGGAUACGGCGGGCCAGGAGCGCUUCGCCAGUCUGGCGCCCAUGUACUACCGCAACGCGCAAGCCGCGCUCGUCGUCUACGAUAUCACAAAGGCCUCGUCGCUGCAGAAGGCGCAGCAUUGGGUCGCGGAGCUGCAGCGACAAGCCUCCCCUGGCAUCGUAAUUGCGCUCGUCGGCAACAAAUUCGAUCUGGCGUCCGCGAACCCGGCGUCGGACACUAGCACCGGUGGAGAUGACGCUGAUGCCACUGCUACUGCAGAAGAGGAGGAGGAUGUGGAUGGCGAGAGCGAUGCGCGGAAGGUUCCGACGAAGACGGCAAAGGCAUAUGCGGAUGAGGAGGCCUUGCUUUUCUUUGAGACGAGCGCCAAGACGGGCUUGAAUGUCGCGGAGGUGUUCACGGCUAUUGCGAACGCAAUUCCGGAGACGAGCUUGAAGGGCCCCAGGGGAGUUGGUGGGCAGACGAAUCUUGGAAGGCAAGAAGACUCGGCGAGGGUCAACCUGACUGGGGCAAAUGUUCAAGGACCUAAGGAGGGCUGUGCUUGUUAAUAUAGCGUGGAGAGCGGGUGGGUGCAGGCAAUAUGUGCUUCUUUAAUUGCGAGCGUACAGAGGCAUCGUUCCUAGUAGUCGCUUGGCACAAUUGCGGUUCUCUGCUUUCUUCGGCGUAUGACGGAGCAGAGGGAUCUUUGCUUAAUUAGUCCUAGUUCAAUCCCUUUGCAAUUGUAAAAUCCAAUAGUUGAGAG